ACUUGAAAAGAAAGUAUGAACCCUUUUCCUCUUUAUUGAAUACUGAUAUAUAUAUAAACAUUAAUCGGAUGGUAUUAAACGACUUACGAACGAAGGCAAGGCUGGACAUUAAUGAUAUCGAUUUCUUUUUUUCCACUUUCCCUCUGUUUACUUCCACUAUUAUUCACUUUCAAAUAGGUUCGUCAAGUGAAUAACUUUCGCGUGUUGAGUACAACUGUUACUAAUAUAACAAUAAACGAACGAGCACCUGCUUGCUGGAGUUCGUUUUGGGUCGACACUAGUGAAGCAUGUACAGUAGGUCUAAGUGUGAGGAGACGUAACGUUCUAACAUGUGAUAUAUUAAUGGUAUUUGUCGUGUGGGGAUGUGUUCAGUGGUUACAUAUACUAUUUGUUAUUCUUAUUAAAUCAUGUCGACGAUUACUUUGAGAAAAAGCCUUAACGGUAUGAACACAGUCGGGAUGGAGGAAUACGUGGAUGAGACAGAGAUUGCGACUAUGGUGGCGUGGAUUGAUAAUAUACCUCUUUCUAGACCCAAAACCAACAUGUCGAAGGAUUUCGAGGACGGAGUUAUGAUGGCUGAAAUUAUCAAGCAUUACUUUCCAAAGCUGGUGGAUCUUCAUAAUUACAAUCCCGCCAGCAGUACCAAACAAAAAUUAGAAAACUGGUACCUUUUAAACAAACGUGUCCUUAAACGACUUGGUAUGGACCUGUCUGAUGACGUCAUACGAGCGUUAGCUAACGGCAAGCGUCAUGUAAUAGACCGGAUAUUGAUCCUACUGCGCAUGCAAAUUGACAACCUGCUGGCUAGGCAAGGUAGGAGCCGCAGAGAGGUAGAUUUAGAAUUUAUGAAUUCCAAGCAACAAAUCGAAAGCGAAAAAAGCGAAAAAAGCGAAAAAACACCCAUCGUAAAAGACGUUACAAGCCCCAAGGAAAACUCUAAGCAUCCAAAGGACCAAAAUAGUCUCACAUUUACGCAAGACAAAGAAGCGCUUGUCCCCGUGGUUUCAAAGUCGACUGGGAGGGCGUCACCAUCUAAAUCUCCACGAAAGACACACAGGGGUGAAACAAAUUCAGAUCGAUCUGCCCUAGAACCUCUGGCCUUACCCUCUGAGAGAGCAUCGCAAGUGAAGUCACCGCGACGAAUUUACACGAAAGGUGAAAUCCCUCACAACCAUCCAGACAGAUCUCACUAUUAUCCCAGUGAAAGUUUGAGAGAGUUCGGUUUACGGACUUACUUCAGUGACAAGCGGAUGUUACCGGAUACACUACCCAUUUACUCGUAUAUGUACAACCACUCGCACGUGCCUAGACUUAUCAUGGAGGAAAAGGAACUCGAGAUCAUGCAGAAAGAGGAAACCAUCCAGAUGCUGAAUGCCAAAAUACAAAGCAUGGAGCGUUUGUUAAAUCUGAAGCAGGUACGGAUCGAGGAUUUGCAUGCGAAAUUGGUUGCUUGUCGGGGCGUUUACUACGUGACGGAUGGAGGAACGAAGAAAAUCAUCAGAUAAACUCGACUCUCAUAACACUGCUAGGACUAUACAUCAAAACUUUUGUAAUGAUUUACACUCUGACAAAACUAACGUACAUGGCUACAAUAAAAAUGGCAUUGAAACAUUCCCUGGUAUUAUUUGGUAGGUUUCAACUCAUCAUUGUAUACAGAUAUGUUCAGUUAGUAUCCGUUAUUGCCUAGUUCCUUGUUAACAGGUUUCAGUGUUAUCACAGACUCGUCCAACAUAUGCAUCAACAUAUCGGGACGUUUGUAGAUAUAAUUGAAAUGAUUUGUUAUCAACUGAGCGAAUGACCAAUUGUUUAGGUAUCUUAAGGUUAAGACAAAAAACGAACUCUACAAUGUUACAAUAUAUUUCAUCUCUAGAUGAUAUACAUGUAUAUUAUAAGAAUUUUGCAGCCUACGAGAAUGUGUUAACAAAUCUAUUUCGCUGGGAGUCGAAAUCUCUGUUAAAUUAACAACUCCUUUUGUACCUAGCAUUAUUUAACGUUAGCUAUUCAUACAAUGUAUACUUUUUUAAUCGACCCUUGGAGUAUUCGUCACGAAGAAUAUAGAGUUCUCGUGUAUAAACGUCUGUGAUCAAAUAUUACUUUGCUACUUUUUGUUUAUAUUUCAUUUUUUUUUUUUUUUUAGUUUUAUAUGUAUAUGCAUCGUUUAUUGUUUUGCUGUUUAUUUCAAUUUACUCCUAAAUGUCAUUUGUAUGCUGUCUGUAUAAUGGGAUGGACCUUUAUGUCAACACUUUAUUAUAAGUUGGUAUUUCCGACGAGUUUGAAAUGGAACUUUUUACACGUCUGCAUGAUAAAUGCAGGGAUAGAUAAUAUGUUAUGUUUGAUAUAAACAAAUUGAUGAAUGUUAACAUUUAGAAGAACUUUUCUGAAAAAUCCCAGUUCAAAACCUUGUAAUGUUUUAAGUAAUGGUAUUGUAUCGAUAUAUAAGAUUAGGGUAUCCAUGCUAAACGUUCGGCCUUUACCUCUUGCUUAUUUUCAAACGAAAUUGUUCUAGUUAAGUGUAAAAACGUCAGCAUGUUUCACAUCGUGUCACACUUCAAACUAGAAAUAGAGCACUUUCAUAUCAUUUUAGAAAAACAGUAGGAAACAGAAAUUUCAAAAUUAUUCUUAACAAAUCGUCUAAAAUGAAAAACAGUCUUAGUCUUUAAGAGGAUGAAUCUGAUUUCAAAAAAAAUCAUUUCUGGGUGUAUAGGUAAUAUCAAUAUUCAUAUUUCUAAUUUAUUAUCGACUUGUUUUCAUCGAAGUACAAUGUGUAAAUGGUUUGUUAUGAUACUAAUGUGAUACCUCGAACCACAUGUCACUACUUAACCCUUUCACCCCUAUGUUACCUUAGUAAAUUAUACCACGCAUCGAUCUGGACGAUUCCAUUAUGGUCUACAGGGGCGAAAGGGUUAAUCAGUUUGAGAUUGUGCCUUAGUCUGUAUACCUUGGUAUUUAGUAUCAUUGUUUACAUGCGUAUUACAUAAUGGUUCGGGUUGAUGCAGGUGACAUUGGUUCCUGUUUGUAUUCCAAAUACAAUGUAUACACAAAAACCAGUAGUAUAGCAUAAUCGGAGGGAAGAAGAAUAUAUCUCGUCACAUUAAGGUUCAAACUCUGUUUUAUCGUUUAUUAUGGUACUGAAGUGUUGUAUUAUGUGUACGUUUCCAUGUCUAAAAUAUAAUACUAUAUGCUCACACUAAUACAUCAUCCAUAACAAAUGUGCUACAGUAUUAAGGUAGAACAGAGACAAUGUAUGUUGGCCUUACAUGCCGUCUCUAGGGGUAAUCUGGAGAGGACAUUGUCAUACUCAUAAUACAAAGAUAUAGCCCAGAAAUACAGUACUAACAUCAUCUGGUGGUGUUUGUUACUAACAAAACUAUACCGAAAUGUAAAUAGUGUGUCUUCAUUAUAUUUAUUACCACUCUAUACAGAUUCUCUACAUACCUUUUCGGAAGGAUGGUUUUCUCAAUUAAAUUUGUUACAUUAACA